AUGCCUUCUUUUGUAUUCUCCCUUUUUCUCGUCUUCGUUAGUCAUAUUUAUGCGGGUAUGUCUUCAGAUAAAAUUGAGUUGUUUCUAAGUAGCUGUAAAAUUAUAGACAACUGCAUAGACAAGUUCUGUCCGCCCGGAACUUUCUGCGAUGAACGUCCCGGACCGUGCGUGAAGCCCCCGUGCCGCACUAUUCUCGCAUGUCUCCCGGUCGAAGCCAACGGUUCGAUAAUACUCAAUUUAAGUCCUAACUUUACUGUUCAGGAUGUGCCCGAAUGGAGUGCAAGAGUCCGCAAGUUUGCGUGGAGCGAGUCCGUCCGUGCAUCGGAAGAGCCUGCAAGGAGAUUGCCACGUGUGAGACGCCGAACACGUGCGCCGCAGUCGUCUGCCCACCGUCUCAGAAGUGUAAACUUGAGAACGGAAAGCCGACGUGCAAAAAGCACAUCCCACCGACGCGCGGGAUUAUCGGAAAGGCGGUGCUUGACGAGAAACAGUUCAAGAAUGAUGAGUAA